AUGGCACCCCCCAAGUUCAUGGGCCUCAGUGGCCGGCCACUCUCGCUGGCUGUGUCUACUGUCGCCACUACUGGUUUCUUGCUCUUCGGAUACGAUCAAGGUGUCAUGAGUGGUAUCAUUAGUGCCAAGCCCUUCAACGACCUGUUCGAAGCUACCCGAGACAACUCGACCAUGCAAGGUACUGUCACUGCCAUCUACGAGAUUGGUUGUCUGUUCGGCGCCAUGUUCAUGUUGAGCUGCGGUGAUCUGCUCGGUCGACGAAAGGGUAUCAUCCUGGGUGCCAUUAUCAUGAUUCUCGGUGUCAUUAUCCAAGUCACUUCGGAAGCUGGCGCAACUCCUCUGGCGCAAUUCAUUGUCGGCCGAGUCGUUACUGGUGUGGGCAACGGAAUCAACACUGCAACAAUCCCGACAUACCAGGCCGAAUGUAGUAAGACGACCAACAGAGGUCUGCUCAUUUGCAUCGAAGGUGGUGUCAUUGCCUUUGGUACUCUGAUUGCGUACUGGAUCGACUACGGUGCCUCGUUUGGCAACGCCGACCUGUCGUGGCGAUUCCCCAUUGCCUUCCAGAUCGUCUUUGGUCUCAUUGUCAUGACCAUGUUCUUCCUCCCCGAGUCGCCUAGAUGGCUUCUGACCCACGAGCGCUACGAGGACGCCGAGAAGGUCAUUGCUGCCCUCCGUGGCUACGAGCAGGACAGCCAGGAGACUGCAUGGGAGCGUGAUAUCAUUCUCGACUCGAUCCGCGCUUCUGGUGUUGCUGGUGCCAAGAGCACACCCUACAGCGCCCUGUUCACCAACGGCAAGACUCAGCACUUCCGUCGUAUGAUGCUCGGUGCCAGUUCUCAACUUAUGCAGCAGAUUGGUGGUUGCAAUGCAGUUAUCUACUACUUCCCUAUCCUGUUUGAGAACUCCAUUACUCCUGGCGACCACAACAUGGCUUUGCUGAUGGGUGGCGUCAACAUGAUUGUGUACUCCAUCUUUGCCACGGCCUCUUGGUUCCUGAUUGAGCGAGUUGGUCGACGAAAGCUCUUCCUCUACGGUACCAUCGGCCAAUGUCUUUCCAUGGUCAUUACCUUUUCCUGCCUGAUCUCUGGUACAUCCAACUCGGCCAAGGGUGCCGCCGUCGGUCUGUUCACCUACAUUGCCUCUUUCGGCGCCACCUGGCUGCCCCUGCCCUGGCUGUACCCUGCCGAGGUCAACCCCAUCAAGACCCGUGCCAAGGCCAACGCCGUGUCUACCUGCACCAACUGGCUCUUCAACUUUCUCAUUGUUAUGGUGACCCCCAUUAUGAUUACCAACAUUGGCUGGGGUACUUAUCUGUUCUUUGCCGCCAUCAACGCCUGCUUCUUGCCCGUCAUCUACUUCUUCUACCCCGAGACCGCCGGCCGCUCUCUGGAGGAGAUUGACAUCAUCUUUGCCAAGGGCUUUGUCGAGAACAUUUCCUACGUCAAGGCCGCCAAGGAGCUGCCCUUCCUGAACCAGGAGGAGGUCGAGCGCGAGGCCAUCAAGUACGGACUGAUUGAGACGGCCGCGCACGGUGGUGGUCUCAAGACUGUCGGCGGCGGCAGCGUGCACAAUGCUCCCAGCGACAAGGACGAUGAGAGCAGCAGCCCUGGCGCCGGUGGUGUCCUCGAGGCUGGCCCGGACAGCACCAACGAAAAGGCUGGCCACUAA